AUGCCAGACGCCGCUGCCGCCGCUGCUGCCACUGCUGCCGUUGCCUCAACGGUCCUCCCUGUGGUCACCGUCGGCGCGCUCGCGGUGAAUGUUAUUCAGGAAGCUGCUCACGGCAAAGACAUCGUAACAGCCAUCGUCAACGGUGCGGUCAACACCGCCAAGGUGUGCGGCGGCGCGCAAGCUGGUGCCCUCAUCGGCUCGAUGAUCGUCCCCGGCGUCGGCACCGCGGUCGGAGGCAUCAUCGGAAGCGUUGUCGGAAUCCUGGCGUCCCGA